GCACUACAGCCAAUACUCUCAGACUGGAUUAAGCCGCUACUGUAGCACACUAUCAAGUAAUAAAUGGCCCAGCAGCAAUGUGUUUCUCAAACAGCACUACCAGUCUUACUAUCACACUCGAGCAAUGGGACUGGCCAGGCCCUUGCAGACCUUUCAAACACCAUCAGAGAAGAAGCUCUACUCCAUCCCGUCAAUGUUAACCUAUCUGCCCGUAAAAUUGUCCAAUUGCCACCAGAGAUAGGGCUUUUAAUUGAUCUUGAAAGGAUUGGACUGAAUAACAAUAUGCUAACCACCUUGCCUCCCGAGUUUGGUCGUCUUGGUGCUUUACGGUAUUUGAAUCUUCGCUCAAAUCUACUUCGUGAAUUCCCUUUGCCAUUUUAAUUUGCCAGAUCUCAGUAAAAAUAAGAUUGAAAGAUUUCCAACCCAUCCAGGUGCUCUGAUAAAUCUUCGAGUUCUGAGUAUUUCAAGAAACAGAGUACAGAUGCUUCCAAAAUAUGUUGCAUCGAUGAAACUAUUGCAUAUUCUCAAGCUUGAUCAUAACCCCUUUGUUUGGCCUCCGUCCAAACUGAUGGCAUGUGUUGAUGAAAAAAAUAAGGCCGAGUGGCUUGAAAAUAUACGCUUAUUUCUUUUAAAAGAAGAUCCUCCUGCACACCUGUUGAUGCAAAAUGCAGCAUCUCGUAGUAUGGUGACCCCUGGUUUGUCCAGUACGCAACCACCUAGCUCUACAACUCCAUCAUUAAACCAGAUAUUUGAUCACCAUACUAGCGAAU